CAGGGAGCCUGAGCUCUAGUUUCUCUUCUCACACAGAUGCUGCCGCUGGGUCAGUGUCAUGCAGUCUUUUAAUAAUAACAGAGUCAAAACAGCGACAGCGAGGAGAAGCUGGGGAAACACUCACAUCAGCAUUUCUGCUUUUUGAGACGAGCCAACGUGGACAAUGUGACAUAACCCAGCUGCAACUUCCGAUACAAAAAGAUUAAACGCCCUUUAUCCACCUUUUUAUUCGUCUUUCACGACCUCUUCAGGGCUGCUAUUGUCUCGCUCACCUUUGACACAGCUGGCGGGCAGUCACCGGCUCUACUUGUGCACUUCAUUGCGGUCAUCCAUCUGCGAGGAGGCCUGCGGUUUGUUGGUAAACACGAAUCGGAUCCCGACGGCAAGGACUCCAUCUGGUGCAUUGAUGCACCCGUUUCAGUGGUGUAACGGGUGCUUCUGUGGUCUCGGACUCGUUUACUCCAACAAGUCGUGCACCAUGCCGCCCAUCACCUUCCAGGACCUACCUCUCAACAUCUACAUGGUGAUCUUCGGGACAGGCAUCUUUGUCUUCAUCCUGAGCCUCAUCUUCUGCUGUUAUUUCAUUAGCAAACUACGACACCAAGCACAGAGUGAGCGGUUUGGAUACAGAGAGGUAGUUUUAAAAGGAGAUCCAAAAAAGUUGAGUCUUCAUGGGCAGACGUGCGCUGUGUGUCUGGAGGACUUCAAAGUGAAAGACGAGCUGGGAGUGUUGCCAUGCCAACAUGCUUUCCACAGGAAGUGUUUGGUAAAGUGGCUGGAGGUGCGCUGCGUCUGCCCCAUGUGCAACAAACCCAUAGCCGGCCCGCCUGAGCAGCACCACAGUAUAGGAACUCUGCUGGAUGAACUGGUAUAACCUCUCAGCCUCAACCAGCCUGGUUGGGACGCCGACGCCCGGCCAAACUAGCUGGUGUGAGUUACAGACCAUCAGGAAGAGGGAGACCGCUUUGCUGUUUAAACACGGCAAAGCACAAAAAUGAUCUGAAGGAUGCUGUUGCCUAGCAACAAUCUCCAUGAUAGCAACACAACACCUUGUGGUGUCUAAGAGAUUAACUUCAGCCGCCCACACAUCACUCCAGCACUCUCCUUUCACGAUCCCAUUCUACAUGCCUUUUCUACACGUCCCUCACAUCCUCUCUUGUUGGUUCGACUGAGGUUAACAACAGCACUGAACAGAGGGCAGCUUUUUCUCACUGAAGUGGACAAAUGAGUGUUUAUGAACAGCAGUGCUCGCAAGAAGAUGCCGAUCCCCCCUGAGUGUGUAUCAAUGCUGCCUGUCAUGUGCUACCUGGGGUUAAAUAUUAUCCAUAUUGGCUGAGUUAUUUAAAACUCAAAUGGGAAAAAUUAUUCCAGUACGUGGCACUCCAUGAAUUUUUUUUCAGUUUACAAGUUUUGAGACAAAAUUAUAGUUUGUGUUUGACAUUCCCAGCAGUAGCUCAAGGUCAGUUUUUAAGAUGUAGUAGAAAAGAACAACAAACUGCAGCCGAGGAGAAAAAAUAUCACUGUAGCAAAGACACAGAAGGCUUAAUAAAACUAAGAAAUACUUUUUUUAUGAUUAAAUUGAGGUCAUGCUGCUUAAAAUUCAAGGAAACGGUUAUUCAUAUUGCAUUUAUUCAGAUGAACUCAGAACAGUGGUAGAAAAAGAACGGGACAUGAAGCUGCCCUUUCUCACAUGUAGCAUGCAAAAGGUGAUGAAUUUACUAGAAAUGUUCUGAAAGGCUGAGCUGAGGCGUGGUGCCUAGGUUUAAUGUGCAGAAGACCCGUUUGCUGUGAAUCCUCCAGACAGUUGGCUGCUCUAUAUAUAGAAAAAAGUCCAGGACUGCCGAACGUUUGUAAAAACAGCCUUCGAGAUGCAACUCCAGCUUUCGUCCAUGUGUGGUAAACGUCUGCAUCAAGUCUCUUACAAACCAGUUAUUUCUGAUAUAACGUCUAAAAUCCAUACUGGUGCCAACCCCUACAGUACCACAGGCUCUAGCUGUUUUCUGUUGUUGUUGUUCAAGGGGAUGUUUUAUUGUCCUGUUGUGUUCUCAUGUUAAUAUAGAAGGAACACAUCCUGACGUUCACGGUAACAGUUUUGUUGAAAUGUGUUGAAAGGUUUUUUAUUUUUAGGUUUUGCACUUUGAAUUCAGACACACACGCACGCACGCACGCACGCACACACACACACACACACACACACACGUUUCCAUGCCUUUGUUCUUAUAAAUGUUAGACUUCGGUUUGGUUACAGCACAGCUGUGUUUUGAGGUGUGGUGAAUCUUUCAUAAAAGUCUGUGAAGUACCAGAGCUGGGUGAUAAAGGGAGCAGCAGUGCAAGCCCUCAAUGAAUUCACCUGGGAAGCAACUAAAUCUCACUCUCAUAAACCGCAUUUUCGUGGCAUUAUUGCAGGUGGUUUACAUUCCUCAGUCGUAAGUUAUUUUUGUCUAUUUUGUGAUUUACAGAUUCUGAAAGCAAAACACUGCCUAAAUUGAGCACAAAACUCACAAAGCACAUUGUCCAGAUACAGCAGGCAGCUGCACUGUAAUUAAAAUGUGCCAUGUGCCAAAAAGAAAGAAAAGAAAACAACAAACAAACAAACAAAAAAAGAG